AUGGGGCGGCACGGCGUGGACCAGAUCGGCGCCGUGGCGGCGUUCGCCUGGGUCGCCCUCCUUCCUCUGCUGCUCGUGGGCGUCGUGUGCCCGGGCGCCCAGGCCGGCCAGACAAGCGAGUACCGGCGCCAACUCGGCUCCGCCAUCGACAUGCCACUCGACGCCGAUGUCUUCCGCCCUCCCCCGGGCUACAAUGCGCCCGAGCAGGUUCACAUCACACAAGGCAAUCAUGAUGGCACAGCCAUGAUAAUCUCAUGGGUGACAACAAGUGAGCCUGGCUCGAGUACUGUGAUCUACGGGACUUCAGAGGACAACCUCAACUAUACUGCAAAUGGGAAGCAUACUCAGUAUACUUUCUACAACUACACCUCAGGAUACAUUCAUCAUUGCACAAUCAAAAAGUUGGAGUUUGACACAAAGUAUUACUAUGCUGUUGGGGUUGGACAAACGGUGAGGAAGUUUUGGUUUAUGACCCCUCCAGAAAGUGGCCCAGAUGUUCCAUAUACAUUUGGUCUCAUAGGUGAUCUUGGUCAGAGCUUCGAUUCCAAUGUUACACUCACUCAUUAUGAGUCCAAUGCAAAAGCACAGGCAGUGCUUUUUGUUGGGGAUUUGUCAUAUGCAGAUAACUACCCAUACCAUGAUAAUGUGAGGUGGGAUACAUGGGCAAGAUUUGUAGAGAGGAAUGUCGCAUACCAGCCUUGGAUCUGGACUGCUGGAAAUCAUGAGAUAGAUUUCUGUCCAGAACUUGGUGAAACAAAGCCAUUCAAGCCAUUCAGCCACAGGUAUCCCACACCCUACAAGGCUUCUGUUAGCACGGCACCUUACUGGUAUUCCAUCAAAAGGGCCUCAGCCUACAUUAUUGUCUUGGCAUCAUACUCAGCAUACGUCCUUUUAUUGCAAGUAUGCACUAUGCCAGUCAGGUUGGUGAGCCUUAGAUCGACGGCGGCAGCGCCCAGAGCACGCCCAGCAACAGGUUGUGGAAGGUGGGCUCCCUCUCCGGUACAUGCUACACUCUCCGAGGCAGACAGCUGGAGUUAUAUGCGGGACUUGAGAAGUAACAACGGUGUGUUAAGCCGCACCGUAAGUAUUGGCUCAAAGCAGAGUGAUACUGAGCGGCAUGUCAGAUUUGCCGAGCCUGCAUACUCAUUUGUUGGAAUGCAUUGCAUCUUUGACAACUGCAAAGCCUCAGUUACGAUAUUGAAAUUUGGCCGCGCAAGUUCCGAUCUGCUUGCAUAUGGUGCGGCAGAUGGCAGCUUGACGGUCUGCCAGGUUUCUGAGCCACCAUCUGUUCUUCAAAAAAUGAUAGGGCAUUCUAAACAUAUCACAGAUUUUGAUUUUUCAUCUAAUAACCAGUACAUAGCUUCAUGCUCUCUGGAUAAAACUUUGCGAGUAUGGGAAAUCUCUAAAGGCACAUGCAUCAGGGUCGUCUAUGGAGUUUCUUCCCAGCUAUGUAUCUGUUUUCAUCCUGUGAACAAUAAUUUGCUUUUAGUUGGCAAUGCAAACAAGGAAAUCAAUGCAAUAAAUUUUAGCACUGGGAGAGUAAUCAGCAAACUUAACUUUGAUGAUGCGGUUACAGCUCUGGAUAUUGAUCACACAGGGCAGUUUAUUUUCUCUGGUGAUGCACAGGGUUACAUAUAUACUGUUAGUGUGAACUCACAUACAGGGUCAUUAUCUAGAACUCGCAAGAACAAAAGUAGUAAGAGCAAAUCUCCUAUUACGACCAUCCAGUAUCGGACCUUCUCUCUGGUGGCGCGCUGUCCAGUACUUCUUUCUUGUGCUCAAGAUGGAAACCUUUCUUUCUUCAGCAUCUCGACAGAUGCUAAGGGAUACUUGACUCUCAUAUCCUCCCUAAAAUUGGCCUCACGGGUGCAGACUACCCGUGCUUCUUUCUGUCCACUUCUUUCCCUUGAGAAAGGAGAGUUCAUAGUAACUGGAAGGGAGGACGCAAAUGUUUACUUCUAUGAUUUGGCACGCCCAAAGAACUCGUGUGUGAAUAAACUACAGGGACAUGGUUCUCCAGUAAUUGGAGUUGCCUGGAAUCAUGGGGAGAAUUUUCUGGCCUCAUCUGAUUCAGAUGGCACAGUUAUUGUAUGGAAGCGAUCUAAAACUAAUUAG